CACAUGUGCUCGUGAGGUGGCCGUAGCAGAUGAGCCUUGGCUGAUUGGCGGAUUGAUGGCCGACAGAGCGGGCUUCAGCCGUGCGUCUCGCCGACUCUGCCGCCAUGUAACGAGACUUACUCGACAUAAAAUUCGAGAACUCGAUAGGGGAGCGACGUCGGCAAUGUUGAGCAUCGUGGCAGAUCGUGCUAAGACGUCGUAGAUUGUCGUGAGGUAUUUGUAGUGGUUGCUCGGCUUUCGUAUACGUCCUCAUUGUCGCCAAUCCGCGUGUCCCUCAGUUCACCGGCAAUGGUGCUGCUGAGCCACCGCUCCGCGUCUCUGCCGCAGCUGCACCCGUGGGUGCGCGGGCUCGAGCUCGAGGACGGCGAGAGGGACGACCUUCCCCCGCCACAGGAGGGGGGGCAAAGUCCGGCCGACGUGCUCAUGGACUCGGACACGCCGGACGGCCAGCAAGCCCAGCAGCAGCAGCAGCAGCAGCAAGGCCUGCCUGUCGCAUUGGGCCCUCGCUCCGUGGCCAUCUCGCUCACCGUGAACCACGCCUUCGGCUUCGCAUCCCCCGCCGCCCUCCCGCCACCUGUGCUCUCGGGCCUUGCCGCCCUGACGGAGUCGGCGCAGCUCGAUGCUGGCGGGAGAUCCGAGCGCGCAGAUGAGCGCGCGGAGGGUUCCUCCACUGAGCGAAUUCCAGGGCUAGGCGGAAUCCCAUUGAGCGAAACCCCCGCCAGCCAUGGCGACGGAGAGUCAGUGUGCCGCGACGCCACGCUUCGAGAUGAGUCCCUUGGGCCGAAUUCCGCACCGAAUUGCCGCCAGUGGAGCGGCCAGAGAGUUGCUUACUCCGCUCUGUCCAUGCUGCUGCCUUGUGAUCCGCCUGCCGCUACAGACGCCCCUGAUGGAGCUGCUGACAGGGCGGUGCAAUCAGCGACUCAACAGACCGCGCCAGCUGCAGCAGCGGCGCCCGAAGCAGCCGCAUCAGCAGCAGUGGCAGCGCUGGUGUCGGAGGCAGCGUCCCUUGACACAUUGGGAGGAGCGCCUGCCGCUGAUGCACACAGUUCGGGUCUUGCCGGCGGUGUGCCUGCUGCUGCAGCUGAGCCGGAGUCAGUGGCGGGGGAGGGUGAGGGGGUCGCGGAGGGGGGGGCAGGCACGCUGCUGGCGGUGGAGGUGCGGUGGAAGGGCGUGCGCGCGGGGCUGAUGGGGUCCAUGUUCGGACGCGCCGUGAAGCGCGGGUGCAGCAGCGCGCAGCCCCCGCGCGGGCCGUACGGCAUGGUGCGGUGGGAGGAGGGCUUCGCGCACGACUGCCACCUGCUGCCCUGCCCCGCCGCCCUGCGCGCCAGCAGAGGUCAGGGGGAGCCGUGCAGCAAGGGCUGCCUCUUCCAGCCGUGGGAGGUCAUGCUGCUCGUGCACAAGCACGACUCCAGCCGGCCCAGGGACCGCCCCCAGCAGGUGGCGUCGGUGGUGCUGGACCUGGCGCCGCUGGCCGCGCCCCUCCACGGCCGGCCCCUCACCCACCACCUCCUCGUGCUCUUCGCCCCCACCGACUCGCCUCCCGUCGGCCUGCUGCAGGUUGAGCCGCGGCCUCUCCCUCUCUGUGUUACUCUGCUCAGUGCGCAGCGCCUUGCUCCGUCAUUUCCUCAUACAUUUCGCGUCAACGGUCUGCACUAGCAUUGCCAUUUUCGCUGCUGCUGUGUGUGCUUGUGGCUAUAAAUCCCAUGUGCGAGCUCAUCAGCGCACUGAGUAGCUUGUGUCGUCCGGCGUUUUCUCUCUGUCGGGGCAGGUGACAGUGGAGUGCACUGAGCUGCCACAGGCAGCGCCCAUCCCACCAUCCGCAGCAGCUGCUCCACUGGCAGCACCGCCCUCGGCGUCAGCGCCUGCGGCAGAGGCAGCGCUGCCAUCUGUGGGCGGCCCACCAGUGGUGGCAGUGGGAAGCAGAGAGGGUGGGGGUGGCGGGCUGCACCUGGGGCUGUGGGGGUGGCAGCGCAGGAGCCGGGAGAGCAAGAGCGCCGCCGUGCCCAUGGACGUGGCAGGCACGGCUGGGGAGGGCGACGGGCACAGUGCAGCGGACAGUGGUGAUGCGGAGCACAGCAAUGGCGGUGGGCAGGGCGAGGGGGCAGAUUGCAUGGACGGGGGGGAGAGUGCUUUGGAUUGGGA